CGUCAACCCAAAAUUUCAAGUCCGCAUAUUGAUUUGAUCUUCUACUCCACCCUCCUUCAACUCUCAUCAUCACGAACAACCUCGACAUUCUGAUCAGCACAAGCAGUCAAAAUGCCGAGCCACAAGUCCUUCCGAACGAAGCAGAAGCUCGCCAAGGCGCAGAAGCAGAACCGACCCAUUCCUCAAUGGAUCCGACUACGUACUGGUAACAGCAUCAGAUACAACGCCAAGCGGAGGCAUUGGCGCAAGACCCGUCUCGGCAUCUAGAUGCCUCUCCACGAUCCCAUCUACAUCGGUUACAUCUGUUCUUGGGCGCUCUACCGAUCUCGACAUGUCACCAUCACAAUACUUGGCGACUAGGCAAUAUUUAGGGGACGGAACCGGCAGUGGAUGAUCAAAAAACAUCGGUUGGCAUUGUUUCGGUGGACUUUCGAGGCAGACAAUGGUGACCCUUGAUGUCGGAGGGGAAAGCAUGGUGCUGCGGGCGAAUCGGUUUUCUUCAGGGCUCAUCAGUUCAGAUUUGCAUGGUACCGGUCAAUAGGGAAUGAACAACACGUUUAUGAAAAGAACGUGACUACGAAAACACUGCUUCUACGAGUUGAACUUGUCUCCGUAUGCGUGAUUAGCGCACCAAGGCUUCAGUAAUCCAUUUCGCAUAAUUGAAUCAGGUAAGGAGGAGU